CCGCGCGCCCCGUGCUCGCACGCUCGCCGGCUUUAAAGUCUCUGCCAGGAUCCAUGCUCACAUGUUACUUCCUGUAUGGAGGCAUGGCUAGUUUCCAGCUCCGCGCUCCCCGAUCCUCCCCAGCUCGCGCCGGAGCCACAACUUUCAGGAGCAUGGACUGAAGGCGCCCUCGUCCUAGCGCCCCUCUGAGAUCCUUUGUGUUUUCCUCGGUUUCCUCCGGCCGUUUCUAUUUUGGGGGGCUCUUCGCUUCCCUCGCCUCUGCCCUCCCCUUCCCCGCUCGCAAACAUGCCUCCUUCCUUCCCGGGGCCCUGGAAGGAGCUGCCUGCCUGAAGCCAGAGACGCCGCGUCGCGCUCAGCCCCGCCGCCGCCCGCCGGCUCUCAGGCUGCGCUGCGCUGCCGACUCAAGUUGGGGAUCCUCGGCUGCUCGCCGCCGCUGCCUACGGUCCCUGCCUGCCCCGGGCCCAGGGCAUUGCUGCCGCCGGCCGACUCCUCGCCCUGCCCGCUCAGCUCUCUCCUUUUUGAACAGAAAGCAGUUCUUCGCCGAGGAUCGUCCCCAGCGUGGCUGCACGUUCCCGGUCACUUUUUGAGAUUUUCCGGGGGGCGCUCGGCGGCUUCCCGGAUUCCAGGGGGACUCGGGCCGCCGAGCGCGGGGGGCCCGUAGAGCGGGCGAGCAGGAGAAGAACCCGGGCUUAGCGGAGGCUCUUACGGAGGCAAGAACUUAUUCAACAAGUUUACCCCCCCUGCCUUCCUCUUUUCGAUGUGCGUUUUCGGACAUGCGGAGGUUACUGGAACCGUGUUGGUGGAUUUUGUUCCUGAAAAUCACCAGUUCCGUGCUCCAUUAUGUCGUAUGCUUCCCCGCGUUGACAGAAGGCUACGUGGGGGCCCCGCACGAGAACAGACAGGGCAGCUCCGCGCAGAUCCGCAGGCGCAAGGCCUCCGGCGACCCGUACUGGGCCUACUCGGGUGCGUAUGGUCCCGAGCACUGGGUCACGUCUAGUGUCAGCUGUGGGGGCCGAAACCAGUCGCCCGUAGACAUUUUAGACCAGCACGCGCGUGUCGGUGAAGAGUACCAGGAGCUGCAACUCGAUGGCUUCGACAAUGAGUCUUCUAAUAAAACCUGGAUGAAAAACACAGGGAAGACAGUUGCCAUCCUUCUGAAAGACGACUAUUUUGUCAGCGGUGCUGGCCUGCCUGGCAGAUUCAAAGCCGAGAAGGUGGAAUUUCACUGGGGCCACAGCAAUGGCUCUGCCGGCUCUGAACACAGCAUCAACGGCAGACGGUUUCCCGUGGAGAUGCAGAUUUUCUUUUACAAUCCAGAUGACUUUGACAGCUUUCAAACCGCAAUUUCUGAAAACAGAAUAAUCGGAGCCAUGGCCAUAUUUUUUCAGGUCAGUCCAAGGGACAAUUCUGCACUGGAUCCUAUUAUCCAUGGGUUGAAGGGCGUCGUACAUCAUGAGAAGGAGACCUUUCUGGAUCCUUUCAUCCUCCGGGACCUCCUGCCUGCAUCCCUGGGCAGCUAUUACCGGUACAUGGGUUCUUUGACUACCCCGCCGUGCAGCGAGAUUGUGGAGUGGAUAGUCUUCCGGAGGCCAGUCCCCAUCUCUUACCGUCAGCUCGAGGCUUUUUAUUCCAUCUUCACCACGGAGCAGCAAGACCACGUCAAGUCUGUAGAGUAUCUGAGAAAUAACUUUCGGCCACAGCAGAAACUGAACGACAGAGUGGUGUCCAAGUCUGCCGUCCGCGACGCCUGGAACCACGACGUGUCAGACUUCUUAGACAACCCGCUGGGGACAGAAGCCUCUAAAGUUUGCAGCUCUCCGCCCAUCCACAUGAAGGUGCAGCCCCUGAACCAGACGGCGCUGCAGGUGUCCUGGAGUCAGCCCGAGACCAUCUACCACCCGCCCAUCAUGAACUACAUGAUCUCCUACAGCUGGACCAAGAAUGAGGACGAGAAGGAGAAGACGUUCACCAAGGACAGUGACAAGGACUUGAAGGCCACCAUCAGCCACGUCUCACCUGACAGCCUUUACCUGUUCCGAGUCCAGGCCGUGUGUCGGAACGACAUGAGGAGCGACUUCAGCCAGACCAUGCUGUUCCAAGCUAAUACCACUCGUAUAUUCCAAGGAACCAGAAUUGUCAAAACAGGAGUGCCCACAGCGUCUCCCGCCUCUUCGGCCGACAUGGCCCCCAUCAGCUCGGGGUCUUCCACCUGGACGUCCUCCGGCAUCCCCUUCUCAUUUGUUUCCAUGGCGACUGGGAUGGGCCCAUCAUCCAGCGGCAGCCAGGCCACGGUGGCCUCGGUGGUCACCAGCACGCUCCUCGCCGGCCUGGGCUUCAGCGGCGGUGGCAUCUCCUCCUUCCCCAGCACCGUGUGGCCCACGCGCCUGCCCACCGCCGCCUCGGCCAGCAAACAGGCCGUCCGGCCCGUCCUGGCCACGACCGAGGCCUUGGCAGCCCCGGGCCCCGACGGCGAUUCAGCCCCGACCAAGGACGGCGAGGGUGCCGAGGAGGGGGAGAAGGAUGAGAAGAAUGAGAGCGAGGACGGCGAGCGGGAGCACGAGGAGGAGGGCGAGAAGGACUCCGAGAAGAAGGAGAGGGGCGGGGUGACCCACGCCGCCGGGGAGCGGAGCCGCACGGGGCCCACCCCCGCCCCCGCGUCCCCCGGCAGCGCCGUCCAGGAGGGUGGGCAUCAGACUAGAGCUGGGCGCCCGUGGGACCCCAACACCGUCCCCACCGCCCGGCCCGAGGAGGCCCUGGACCCCGACUCGGUCACCCCCACCCAAGUGCCCCCCACAGUCACAGAGGAGCGUGAUGCAGAGAGCGACCCCAGGAGGCCCGGAACCCCAUCCAAGAAGCCUGUGUCCCGAGGGGACCGGUUCUCCGAGGACAGCAGAUUUAUCACGGUCCAUCCAGCAGAAAAGAACACCUCUGGAAUGGUCAGCCGCCCUUCUGCAGGGAGGAUGGAGUGGAUCGUCCCUCUGAUCGUGGUGUCCGCCUUGACCUUUGUGUGCCUCGUCCUUCUCAUCGCCGUGCUAGUUUACUGGAGAAAAUGUUUUCAGACAGCUCAUUUCUACGUGGAAGAUAGCAGUUCACCUCGGGUGGUCCCCAAUGAAAGUAUUCCUAUCAUUCCAAUUCCGGAUGACAUGGAAGCUAUUCCUGUGAAACAGUUUGUGAAACACAUCAGUGAGCUCUAUUCUAAUGACCAGCACGGGUUCUCCGAGGAUUUUGAGGAAGUCCAGCGGUGCACGGCUGACAUGAACAUCACUGCAGAACACUCCAAUCAUCCAGAUAACAAGCACAAAAACAGAUACAUCAACAUUUUAGCCUAUGAUCACAGUAGGGUGAAGUUAAGACCUUUACCAGGAAAAGACUCUAAGCACAGCGACUACAUUAAUGCAAACUAUGUCGAUGGUUACAACAAAGCGAAAGCCUACAUCGCCACCCAGGGACCUUUAAAGUCUACGUUUGAAGAUUUCUGGAGGAUGAUUUGGGAACAAAACACUGGCAUCAUUGUCAUGAUUACCAACCUGGUGGAAAAAGGAAGAAGAAAAUGUGAUCAGUACUGGCCAACAGAGAACAGUGAGGAGUACGGAAACAUCAUUGUCACUCUGAAGAGCACAAAAGUACACGCCUGCUACACGGUUCGUCGUUUUUCCGUCAGAAAUACAAAAGUGAAGAAGGGCCAGAAGGGAAACCCCAAGGGGCGCCAGAACGAGAGGGUGGUGAUCCAGUACCACUACACGCAGUGGCCCGACAUGGGGGUCCCCGAGUACGCCCUCCCGGUCUUGACCUUCGUGAGGAGAUCGUCCGCAGCCCGGACGCCGGAGAUGGGCCCCGUGCUGGUGCACUGCAGCGCCGGUGUGGGCAGGACGGGCACCUACAUCGUGAUAGACAGCAUGCUGCACCAGAUCAGAGACAAGAGCACCGUCAACGUGCUGGGCUUCCUGAAGCACAUCAGGACGCAGCGCAACUACCUCGUCCAGACGGAGGAGCAGUACGUUUUCAUCCACGAUGCCUUGUUGGAAGCCAUUCUGGGGAAGGAGACGGAAGUAUCUUCCAGUCAGUUGCACAGCUACGUUAACAGCAUCCUCAUACCAGGAGUCGGAGGAAAGACACGACUGGAAAAACAAUUCAAGCUGGUGACACAGUGCAACGCAAAAUACGUGGAAUGCUUCAGUGCGCAGAAAGAGUGCAACAAAGAAAAGAACAGGAACUCCUCAGUCGUGCCGUCCGAGCGAGCUCGCGUGGGCCUUGCACCGUUGCCUGGAAUGAAAGGAACGGACUACAUUAAUGCGUCUUACAUCAUGGGCUAUUACAGGAGCAACGAAUUUAUUAUAACCCAGCACCCCCUGCCGCACACCACGAAAGAUUUCUGGCGAAUGAUCUGGGAUCAUAAUGCGCAGAUCAUUGUCAUGCUGCCAGACAACCAGAGCUUGGCUGAAGACGAGUUUGUAUACUGGCCAAGUCGAGAAGAAUCCAUGAACUGUGAGGCCUUUACCGUCACCCUGAUCAGCAAAGACAGACUGUGCCUCUCGAACGAGGAGCAGAUCAUCAUCCACGACUUCAUCCUUGAAGCGACACAGGAUGACUACGUCCUGGAGGUCCGGCACUUCCAGUGUCCCAAGUGGCCCAACCCGGACGCCCCCAUCAGCAGCACCUUCGAGCUGAUCAACGUCAUCAAGGAAGAGGCCUUAACCAGGGACGGCCCCACCAUCGUGCACGAUGAGUAUGUAGGUGCAGUUUCAGCAGGAAUGCUGUGUGCCCUGACCACCUUGUCCCAGCAGCUGGAGAAUGAAAAUGCCGUGGAUGUUUUCCAGGUUGCAAAAAUGAUCAAUCUUAUGAGGCCUGGAGUAUUCACAGACAUUGAACAAUACCAGUUUGUCUACAAAGCAAUGCUCAGCUUGGUCAGCACUAAAGAGAACGGAAAUGGUCCCAUGACGGCGGACAAAAACGGUGCUGUUCUGAUUGCAGAUGAAUCGGACCCUGCCGAGAGCAUGGAGUCUCUGGUGUGAUCGGGACCCUGCAAGGGCACUUCAUUUGUAAACCUUCUGAAGACUGAGAACUUUUUUGAGGCCUUUUUUGCCAGACUCUAGGUUAUAACAAUAACCCAGUUACUUUUUUACACUGAUAAAAGUUUUGAUAUUUAUUUUUUGCCAUUUUAUGUCUUAAUGGUAUCCUACUGAGCAUUUGCACCUCUGUUCAUUUCACACGGUGAAACGCGAUCUUACCUAGUUUGCACUAUAUGAUCAGUGUUACUGCCUAUAAUCUAAUACUAAAGCGAGCCCUGAUGUGACAUUCCAUGACUGCAUACACGCUACUUUUUAAUUCAGUACAGUGAAGGUCUUUGUUAUGACAGUGAAUCUUGAUUUUUUUUUUAAUCAUUAUUAUUAUUGCUCAAGUAGUUGCAUUCUACUAGCAGGCAAUGCUGUACUUUUCCUCAGUCCUCCUCUCCUGUUUUUUUGUUUGUUUGUUUGUUUUUAAGGCACUGUUGAAUACUGAAUGCCUUCUGUAUCUUAACGGAGUGGAUGAACAUUUAUCCUUUUAGAGAAUAGCAGGUUUUGGGGAGCUACUAAAAAGGUCUGCCAACCUCACGGCCUUGAAGGAGUUCCAUUUACGAGGGUGAAGAUGUCCAUUAAGAAAUUAGAAGGUUUAAGAGUUGUUUCAUGUGAACAUCACUUAUUAGUUACAAACUUAUAUUCAUAGCUUUAAAAAAAAUGCCCAACUGUGUCAAAAUAAAGGAUCUCUCUGUAUUACAGUUUUCACAAUAGCUAUGUGGACAGUGUGUGUUAUUUCCAUUUUGCCUCCCUGAAAUAGCUACACCCCAAAAUCGAGGCCAUCUUUUACAAAAGAGAAAUGGCAAUAUUUCACACACCUCCAGUCAUGAAACCCUUUAGUGAAGCCUCCAUUACUGCUUCACGGUUUCUAAUGCCAUACCUCACAGCAGGUGGAAUAACGAGAAUUUUUGCAGGUGUGUAAUUUUGAAACGAGUCCUCUAAGAUAUUCCUAUCACUCGUAUAUCGAUCUAAUAAAAAAAAAACUACCUAUAUAGCUAA